CUUUUUUUUUAUUACUUUUGUUAUUCUUUCAAAUACUUUGUGUUUGUCAUUUAUUUCACAAUGUCUCAGACGACGCAAGCACAGAAGGAGCAGCAGCUGAAGGAGCAGCAGAAGGAGCAGCAGCAACAGCAGCUUGCAUUGCCAGUGGCGCCUGCACUGCCAGCGGGUGCUGCUGAUCUGCGCGAGCUGCUCAAGGGCACUGAUCGAUACAACCCUACGCACAUUGAGCGCCUCGAAAAGUACAUCCAGGAGCAGGUCACCGACGGAACGUACGACUUCGAGUCCAACCUCGCCUUGCUGCGACUCUACCAGUUCCACCCGACCAAGGUCAACGCUGACGCAUCUGCCCAGGUCUUGCUCAAGAUGUUGCUCGUCCUCCCGGCUGGCGAUUAUGCCUCCAGCCUCUUCCUGCUGUCCGACAAGCUGCAAGCGGACGAGUCCAUCAAGAACAUUGUCGCCGCCGCCCACCACCUCGAGGCUGCUCAGUUCAUUCAAUUCUGGUCACUCGUGAACGCCACCCCCAAGAUCAAGCAGCUGAUGCCCUCCUUUGCCGACGAGGCCCGAAAGUUUAUUGCGCACAUCCUCUCCGUCUCGGCACAGAGCAUGGACCAGCUCCUCCUGUCCAAGUUCCUCGACUUGCAAGCAGGAGCUUUCGACUCGUUUGUCGCUGCGCAAGGGUGGGCAGUCGAGCGGGACGCUGUUUCGUUCGGCGUCAACAAGGAUAACCAGGCCAAGAGCAAGAACAUUUCCGAAAAGAUUCCGUUUAACAACUUGACAAAACUGCUGGGACAAGCCUUUGCUUAAAUUUCAUAGUUGCUGAGAUUUGUUGCCUUUUGCGUUGUGUGGUUUUGUGUGUGUGCGGUGUUUGUUUCUUGUCGUUGGAAUGAAAUUCUAUCUGAAAAUGCA